AUGUCGUCAAACCAAAUGCAAGAGAUCAUGGAGAUGCCCCGCGAGUUCGUCAAGGACGGCACCCAAUUCAUCAACCGCUGCACGUAUCGCGAAUUCCUCAAGAUCAGCCAGGCCGUCGGUGUCGGUUUCCUCGUCAUGGGCGUUAUCGGUUACGUCGUCAAGUUGAGUACGUUGCCUGCAGCUUCCUGUGGUUGUGGAUAA